AGGCCUCUCUCUUCUAUGUGCCCAACUAUUAUCUCUGACAAAGACAAUAGAGUGAAAAUGGUGGUGGGAGCCUCUGGUGGAACAAAGAUCACCACAGCAACUGCCCUAGUGAUUCUGAAUACCUUGUUCUUUGACUACGACCUGAAAAAAGCUGUGACACUACCUCGAAUUCACAAUCAACUCAACCCAAYUAUGACUGUAGUGGAGGACGGCUUUGAAAAGAGUGUAUUAGAUGGCCUGGUAAAGAAGAACCAUGUAACAGAGCUGCUGAUGACUCCUGAUUCAGUGGUGCAGGCGGUGGUGAGACAGGGGGAGCGGCUUUGUGCCGAGUCCGACCCCAGGAAAGGGGGCUAUCCAGCGGGCUACUGAGUCUUACCUCACCUCUUCCUUCCCAAACCUGGAGUGUACCUCCAUAAAGAGGCAGGGAUUGAGCUAAGUAUCUGGAAAGACACGAAAACAAUUCCUCCUCAAGGUGACACAGCCACUCUCUUUCUUCAGCUGAAAUUCAUUUCAAGAUGUGGAAAAUGACUUUACUCCACAUCAAUACCUCCUCCCUUCACACCAAAUAAUCGGCGGCAUUUCUGCUUUUAUUUCAGCAUUAUUCAUUAUUUAUUUUUGUGUUUUGAAAAGAAGUGAGGUUGCAACUCUGAAAGUGGCAUUUUUUAAAUCCUAGCUGUAACAAGAGAUCAUCAUUAUCGAUUAUCCUGAAGAUGGAAGUUUAUUAAUGCAGUGGGGUAGCAGAAAGCUGGACUGCAACUUUCGAUUCCUGCUGGAUGUAAAUACCAAUGGGCCAGAACUUUAUGGACGCCAUGAAUCUUCUGAUAUACAUUAUGAAAUAGWUUGCCUAGGAAAUAUUAGCCAACAUAUUAGUCAAAUUACUCUGUGAUGAUGAGCGAUCAUUCUGUUUGACAGAAAAAGAGCCAUUUAUCUGAGAUUUAAGGAAAGCAAUGUUUUAGGGGAGAAUAUGAACACCAAUAUGGAAGGUUGUCAAAGUAGUUUGUCUGUCCAUUGAACAAAUCAAAUGUAG